UUGAUAGAAUCUGUUGUAACGCUGUUUACAAUAUUAACGGAUAAUUCUCAGUACAGAAGUUUCAUAAAGUCAGACGCAAAAUCUUUCAUCAAUUAUAAUUACAAGGAAUACGGUGAUUUAUUGAUUUAUAUCGAAGAUAAUAUAAAUAUGUAAUCUCAAGUAUAUGUGUUCGCACACAUGAUUAUAUAGAAGUUGAUUAAUAUUUGAAUACGGAAGAAACGUUAUUAGAUCGUUUAUUCUUCAAUUUCCAAGUUUUCAAGUAAAUUCUUUUUGUUCAAAAAAUGACUGCAUCGCUGUCAGUAUUAGCAAGCCUUGAUGAAGUAGUACGAUGUUCAAACGUCCUCAUAAAUGGAUCCUGCGAAGAAGAGUUUCUUCAGUUUGCUAUAAAUCAAGAAGAAAUGCGACAGAAAUGGUUGGCAUCUGUGCAAGAAUGUCAACGACUCCAUGUCGCUUUAGAAAAAUCCCAUCAUGAAGCAACUCGUCUUGAUAGAAAACUAAGUCAUGCUAGACGUUUAUUGAAUGAAGAGAAACAAAUGCGACGAGCUGCUGAAGAAGAAAAAAAUUCUUUGGAGCGACAGAUAGCUUUAGUUAGAGAUCUUCUGUUUAAUGAUGGAGGAAGAAACUUGAAUGAUGAAACUAGAGAGAAGUUACAAUUUCUCAACAAUACUUCUAUAAAUCCAAGAAAUAGCAAUGUACACAUAAAAGAUUUACACUAUAAUGACAAGCUCAAUACAAUAGCAGAAUUAGAUUCUACCGGUUCUAUAUUAAGUGACUUCAGUUGUUUUUCAAAGUCAGAGGAUGAUUUAGAUACAAGCGUUAUUAUACAACAAAAUCAGAAGAAGAGAGAAUGGAAAGAACAUAGACCAAGUGGAGAAUACUCUCCAAAGAAACGCCGUAGUACAUUGCAGAAAGUAGCAGAAUUAAAUACUUCUGAUAAAAUAAUAGCUACUACUACUGUCACAGUGCCAAAAGAAGGUGCAAUCACUGCAUCUUCAGUCAUUGAAGCUGUACCAAUGAAUGAAAAUACCAAUCCUCAAGGACCUCCACAUAGUGCACGCAAAAAACGCAAAAGUUCAGAUCAUAGCAGAACUAAAUUGGCACAAAUAGAUCUCAAUGAAAUAGCUGUUGAUACUACGCCUUCAGCACCAAAAGCAGAAACUCUUACAUCAGGUUCUGAUUCAGAAAGUGCUUUUAAACCAAGUCCAAAUAUUGGUGGAUAUACUUUAAAUAUUAAAAAUUCUAGAGGUCAUAGUUUCACAGCUAAAACAGUUAUUAAACCUGAAAUGUGUACACCUUGUGGUAAACGGAUUAGAUUUGGUAAAGUAGCUGUAAAAUGCAGAGACUGUAAAGCUACAGCACAUACAGAAUGUAAAGAUUUAGUACCACUUCCUUGUGUUCCAACAGGAAAUACACCUACUUUCCGUGGUACUUCAGGUACUAUAGCAGAUUAUGCCCCUAUGAUACCUCCAAUGGUACCUUCGCUAAUAGUUCAUUGUAUUAAUGAGGUAGAAUUAAGAGGUAUGAGUGAACAAGGAUUAUACAGAGUAAAUGGUGCAUCAACAGAUGUUAAAUGUUUGAAAGAUAAGUUCCUCAGAGGAAAAGGUGCUCCUAAUCUUUCUGACAUUGAUAUACCUACAAUCUGUUCUACACUAAAAGAUUUUCUUAGAUCUUUGCGGGAACCUUUAAUUACUGUAGCACUUUGGGCAGAUUUUGUUCGCGCUACUACUAUUUCAGAUAAAGAAGAUGCAGAUGCAGCACUUUAUCAAGCAAUCUCAGAACUUCCACAACCUAAUCGAGAUACUCUUGCUUUCCUUAUAUUACAUUUACAACGUGUAUCUAGUAGUGCUGAAUGUAAAAUGCCAAUAAGUAAUCUUGCUAAAGUGUUCGGACCAACAUUAGUCGGUUUUAGCUCUCAAGAACCAUCUCCUACUUCUAUGCUUAGUGAAACAAAAAAUCAAGUUGCAAUUGUGGAGAGCUUGUUAAAAAUUCCUUCUGAUUAUUGGGCAAACUUUGUUAAUCCUGAAAAUUUAAACGAUAUUGGUACCCCUAAAACAGGAGAAUUAAGACAUACUCCAUCUACAGAAUCACUUUUGAAACGUACCACAUCUCGUGGAUUUUUCCAUACACCUCUUACUUCCAGUCGUACAUUUAUGAAGAAAAACAAAAAAUACUUUGCUACUCCACCUUCUAGAAUAGGUUAUUAAGUAAUGUUAUUAUGUUAUGACGUGUAUAGAAUUAAUGCUAAACACUAUUGAGCUUAUUUAAAUUAUACAUUAUAUUUGCAAUUGCCCUAUAGAAUUAAGUGAAACUCAAAGUUGCACUUAAUGACUCAUAACAAUCAGCGAUUGUUUAGGCUCUUACUUUAAUAUGAUUAUACAAAUGUUAAUUUUUCUAUCAAAAACUUGCACAAACUUCUCAUAUUUACUAUAAAAAGUGCCUUAUAACUAUAUAAUAAUAUAUAUAUAUAUAUAAUGUUAGCAAUAUAAUACUUCGUUUCUUUUUUUUCUUUUCUUUUUUUUUAUUUUUUUUUUUCUUUUUCUUUUAAUAUCCUGUUUAUAUCGACAACGUACUUAAUGUUAAAGUAUAAGUAAUCUGUAAAAAAAAAAGCAUAACAUCUAGUAUUCUUAAGAAUUAUAACUCGUUUAGUAUUUAUAGCAUGAAAAGUAUGACAUAUUUUAUGUUUAUACUUUUUUGGUAUAAAUAUAAAACGAUACUGUAAUAAGUAAAUAAUUUCUCUAUGAUUUAACACAUGUUUAUUUCACUUAACAAUAUACGUAUAUAAAUAUCUAUUAUUAUAACAAAAUAAGAAGUAGAAUUGAUAAUUGUAUUAAGACAAUAUUCUUGCCACAAAAUAUAAAAAAAAGUGUUUUAUAAAAAUUAUUUUUUUAAAAAUUAAGUUAACACUAUUUGUUUUAUUAUUUCAUCGUUAUAUCUCAUUUUUAAGACUUAAUAAUUAGAUCACAGCUAAAAUUCAUUAUUUAUUAUUUAUUUACCAAUAAUCGGAAUAGUACGGGAGAUCUAGUCACGUGAUCAUAGUAAAAAUAAUCAACGGAUAUUAAUUAUUAUUAAAGCUCUUGAAUGAUAUAUCCACAAAUUCAUUUUUUACAUUUUUAAUAAAACUUAAUUCUAUGCCUCUUA